GAAUCGUUACCGCAAGGGCACCGGCGAUUCUCGCACCGCACCCAAGUAGGAAAGCGAGAGGAAAAUUCGCGUAUUAAAAACAUUGUAGGUGUGAAAUAGGUGCGCGAAAGUGUCGUUAAUCGUAUGUACGGUAAAUAAAAUAAUCUCACAUGUUCAUAAUUAGUGGACGAGUGAAUUUGUAUGGGUGUAAGCGGAUGUAUUCGUGAUUUUGUGAGAAGCACCAUAGGAUAGUAUAGUCGAUAGUGGAUUGGGACAGACAAAGCCGAUUGGAAAAGCGUUCGUUGUGCCAUAGAGAGUGUUGGGCAGUAUGAACGAAUUGGAUUCCUUGAGACAAGAAGCUGAGACACUCAAAAAUGCCAUCAGAGAUGCCCGUAAAGCGGCUUGCGACACAUCCUUGGUCCAGGCAACUGCCAGCCUUGAACCCAUUGGAAGGGUGCAAAUGCGAACUAGACGCACCCUUCGGGGGCACUUGGCAAAAAUCUACGCCAUGCAUUGGGGUUCCGACAGUCGUAACUUGGUAUCGGCCUCUCAGGACGGUAAACUCAUCGUCUGGGAUUCCCACACCACCAACAAGGUUCACGCGAUCCCGUUGCGAUCCUCAUGGGUGAUGACAUGCGCGUACGCUCCAUCAGGGAGUUACGUAGCAUGCGGAGGCCUGGACAACAUUUGCUCGAUCUACAGCCUAAAAACUCGCGAAGGCAACGUACGAGUGAGCAGAGAACUGCCCGGUCACACCGGGUAUUUGUCGUGCUGUCGCUUCCUUGAUGAUAACCAGAUAGUGACCAGUUCGGGCGACAUGAGUUGCGCCCUCUGGGACAUAGAGACCGGCCAGCAGGUCACCUCAUUUCUUGGCCACACCGGCGACGUGAUGUCGCUGUCGUUGUCGCCAGACAUGCGCACGUUCGUUUCGGGAGCGUGCGAUGCAUCGGCGAAGUUAUGGGAUAUACGAGAAGGAUUAUGCAAGCAAACGUUCCCAGGACACGAGUCGGACAUUAAUGCCGUCACGUUCUUUCCUAAUGGUUUUGCGUUUGCGACGGGUAGUGAUGACGCCACUUGUAGGCUCUUCGAUAUCAGGGCCGAUCAGGAACUAGCCAUGUAUAGUCAUGAUAACAUUAUAUGCGGAAUCACCAGUGUCGCAUUCAGUAAAUCUGGAAGGUUACUGCUUGCAGGAUACGACGAUUUCAAUUGUAAUGUCUGGGAUUCGAUGAAAACAGAACGAGCAGGUAUCCUAGCGGGCCACGACAAUCGAGUAAGCUGUCUAGGCGUAACAGAGAACGGAAUGGCGGUAGGAACCGGAUCUUGGGACAGUUUCCUACGCAUUUGGAACUAGACAGCGUUGCCAAAAAUUAAAUGUAAUUAUUCGUAUCUCACCUGCAUCACAGCAUUGAUUUGUUUUUCAAAAAUAACUUCCAUGUUUCAACAAGCAUUUAAACCGUGUCGAAGUUCCAAGCAUUUUAAUUAUUUUUUGUAUUAUAGGAUUUUAUCUGUUCUUGUUCUCUCCGCUUAUGUAGUCACCUUGAUUUUUAUAAGAGUAUGUAGCUUGUGAUUUGUUUGUUUGUAAGGUAUCUGUAUUUAUUAUUACACGUAUUUUAAAGAAGAAAAAAAUUAUAAAUAAAGCAGUAUUUUUAGUUUUUU